AUUCAACUACGUACAACAAAUCAAACGGGUUGGGCUCAGCUAAACACAGAUUAGUUGGUUCCUUUUGAUUUCUCCAUCUCCUGAACCCUAGAACGGAAGCCUUGGCAUCGCAUCUCGUGAUUUUGUGUAGCGGUGUUUGUUGUUGGUCAAUUUGUUAUCUGCCCGGUGGUUCAUGAGAUAUGGCGGCGUCAGAAGGGAAAGUCAAAUAUGCAUCACUUUCCAGUCUGGAAAAAGAGAACAGCAAAUAUACCUAUGUAGAUGACUUUGAUGACACUGAUUGGAAUGCGCAGGGACAGAAUCUCAGUGGCCCUAAUGAAAAAGUAUCAUACCCAUUUCCUGUUGACACAGAAGAUUUUACUGAGGGAGGGUAUGACUCUGGAGAGGAUCAGUUCACCCCCCUGCCUAGAAACGGCUGCCCGCCAGAGGUGAACCUGAAAAACGUUAUGAGUGGGAUAUUUGCUAUUCUGACUGGGCGAAACAAGCACAACUCAGGCCUCGGUAUUCUUCCGCAGCUGCCGAGCUCGAAUGUGUCGUUUCUUGGAUCUGCAAAGAAUGGUGAGACGUUUGUGCACUCUUCGGUUUACAUUCCUAGCGCCCCGCCCCUCCUUGAGCCGAACGCAUUUAACUAUAAUGCUUUCAAAGAGGUUUUGGAAGCUGAGCCGCCUGAAUGGCUUCCGGACAGCUCAACUACUGUCUGCAUGCAGUGCAAUGCUCCCUUUACUGCCUUCACUCGUGGAAGGCACCACUGCAGAUUUUGCGGGAGCAUCUUUUGUAGGGUUUGCUCAAAAGGGAGGUGUUUGCUUCCCGCUAAAUUUAGGGAGAGAGACCCGCAGAGGGUGUGCGACACCUGCUAUGAUAGGCUUGAUCCUCUUCAGAGUGUGCUGGUCAAUACCAUCAGCAAUGCCGUGCAGGUUGCGAAGCAUGAUGUGAUGGAUUGGACUUGUUUAAGAGGGUGGUUGAAUCUACCUGUGGGUCUGUCCAUGGAGCAUGAAAUAUACAAGGCAUCCGUCACAUUGAGAAGCUACAGCCGGUGGACGGUUAUGGGCAAAUAUGCGCAGGUAGCUAGGUUGAACCCUGAGAAGUCCAUACCUGCUGCCGUUUUGAAAGGAGCCAGAGGUUUAGCCAUUCUUACUGUUGUUAAAGCUGGUGUGCUACUUGCUUAUAAAGUUGGAACUGGAUUGGUUGUUGCACGAAGAUCAGAUGGGUCGUGGUCUGCUCCAUCAGCGAUUCUCUCGCUAGGACUGGGUUGGGGUGCUCAGGUUGGGGGUGAACUCAUGGAUUUCAUAAUUGUGAUGCAUGAUGCGAAUGCUGUGAAAACAUUCUGCAGUCGCAUGCAUUUUUCUCUUGGUGCCGGUUGCAGUGCUGCAGCUGGACCAGUUGGGAGAGUUGUGGAGGCAGAUUUGCGAGCUGGAGAAAAAGGCUCUGGCAUGUGUUACACUUACAGUUGCAGCAAAGGUGCAUUUGUUGGGGUCUCAUUGGAAGGAAAUGUUGUUGCCACAAGAAUGGACACAAAUCUUCGUUUUUAUGGAGAUCCCUAUCUAACUACAGCCGAUAUUCUUCUUGGGACUGUUGAAAGACCAAAGGCUGCUGAGCUUCUCUACUCUGCUCUCAGAGAGCUCUACUCCAAAUUGUGAUGCUAAAAGUUCUAAGCGUCUCAUUGUGUGUGUACAAGCUCAGAAAUGCACUUAUAUCAAAAGAUGCUGAUGGGAUGUGUAAUGCCUUUGUUUUCAAGCGGCGGGAAGAGUUUGUUGAACUUGUGGCAUAUGAUAUGUAUAUAAAUUGCUGCUUUCAUUUGAUUGAUGCGCACUUCCCUAAAUCUUGUUUAAGCUUUGAAAAGUCAUUUUAGGUUCAUGCGCAUGUAAAUAGAUGUUUCUAUAAUUGCUUUACUAGCUACACUUUCAAGAAUGAAUGUUCAUAUAUUUAAGAUUGCAGCAAUUAAAGUUAUCAGGGAAAUGAAAUUACAGAAAUGUUUCUGGCCAGGGAUUAAGUUUUAAAUAAGAUUCAGAUUGAGUUCAAGUCUAGUAAUGUCCAGUAGUAUUAGUGCA